AUGCUCUUAUCAUUGGAUUUCCACGAUGAAAAGUUUCAAACAAUUACACUUCCAGGGGACGAUGUAUAUGUUUCAAAAUAUAACAGCAAAGACUUGUAUCCAUUGGAGUACAAAGGAUGUUUCGGUUUUUCAUGGAUAGAGAAAACAGAUAUUGGUUAUAAAGGUAAGGUUACAUUUAACGAUAUGCCUCUAAGUAAUCCUGCAGUUAAUUCAUUUUUAGAUCCUUUUGGGAAAUUUGGUGGAAUACCAUCUUCAAAAGCAGGCUCCUGUAAACAAAAUCUAGCAACAAUUCGGUCUCUAAUUUCUAGUUUUGUUGUUUCGUUUAAAUUUGCUUGUUUUUCCUUUUUAAUAUUUUUGGAGUUCCUGUGCGUGAGUGCGUUCCGGAAAAUGAAAACGAAACCAAGGUUCCUGUGUCUUCAUGGAAUGAGAACGAGUGCAAAAAUUUUUAGGGAACAAAUAUUCAAAAGAUGGCCAGAUUCUAUACUUGAAAACAUUGAUCUAGUCUUCAUUGAUGCUCCAUUUCCGUCUCUUGAUGAUAAACCCACCAUCAGAGGUUUUGUCGGCAUUGAUGAUCACUUCGAUCCUCCAUACUACGAUUGGUUCCAAUUCGAUCAAGAAUUCAUGGAGUACAAGAACUUGGAUGAGUGUAUUGACUACAUCCAAGAUUGCAUGCUUAAGCUAGGACAUUUUGAUGGUCUAAUGGGAUUUUCACAAGGGGGAAUUCUUUCGGCCACUUUGCCAGCACUACAGAAAAAGGGUUUAGCACUUAAUAAAGUUCCUCAAAUAAGAAAUGUGAUAAUAAUUGGAGGAGCGACCUUUUUAUGCCCGGUCAUGGCUGAGAAAGCUCACCCUCCAGGGAACAAGAAUUCCUGCAAGUCGCUUCACUUUUUGGGUGAGACGGACAUUCUAAAGGAGCGUGGGAUUAAGCUUUUGGAAUCCUUUGUUAACCCAUACGUUAUUCAUCACCCCAGAGGCCACACUAUCCCAAGACUUGAUGACCACGGUCUGCUGAUAAUGCAAAAGUUCCUCCAAGAGAUUCAGAAGGAAGAAGAAGAAAAAGAAAAAGAACAUAGGGAACAUAUUAUUUCUGCAUAUGAAUGAAAUGCUCUAAAUUCAAGUGACCUUCUUUCACUCGAAAGGAGGUCCUAAAUUUAGAGCUCAAAAGGCUUUCAAAUAACUUUGUUCUACUUGUCGAUAUUGUUGAUCGAAGCCCUUAGAACUACUUGUUUUAACACUCAUGUUUUGUAUUAAGAAUGCCAAAUCGAAUAACUAUCUUUGUUCUACACA